AUGUAUGGUAUCAUGAUCGACCCUACACUCUGCCAUAUGAAUCACUCCUGUAACCCGAACGCAUACAUCAUGAUGGACGGUCCGCGAGUAAGCAUUCGUACACUCCGACCCAUCAAGAAAGACAAAGAAAUCUACAUUUCGUACAUUGAUGCUACGAAUCCCUACCACAGGCGACAAGAAGAGCUCCAAUCCCGCUGGUUCUUUACCUGCCGCUGCGCCCAAUGUCAGGAAAAGGCGACUCUCCAGGAAGACAACUGGCUGGUACCAUCAAGGCCUGGAUGGGUCUUGGGAGCCGAAGUUGCGUCCAUGGCAGAAACUCAGGAGAAGCUGUUUGGUCUCUAUGCGGAACUCCAAGCAACAGAGAGCCCCCUGCUUGUGAGAGCAGCGAUCAGGCAAGCACUCAAGAUAUGCCAUGAGGCAAUGUUUCUGCCGAUUUAUCGACAGCCAUAUGCUGCACUCCGCGACGACUUGAUUGUAAACCUGCUUUCCGAGGGACGUUACCAGGACGCAUGGGCGCAAUGUGCAAAGCGGUACAAGUACAUUCUUCCCAAGCUCUACCCAGUCUCGUUCCACCCGGUCCGGGUAGUACAAACAUGGCAGAUGGCGAUGUUGGCCGCAUACCUAGCAAGUACUCCAGAGGGUGUAGGUGCACCAGAGGUGAAUAUGGGUCUCAUUGCCAUGAUGUUGGUAAAGCAGGUGUUGAAUGUAGCGCACCUGAGUCAUGGGCCGGCUAGUGCAUUCACAAAGAGUGUGAAGGCCAAAGCGGAAGAGAUGACGGAAGAGCUCAAGAGGAGUAUUGGAAACGCAAACAGUGAUGUCAUGAACAGGGAGCUUGAGGUUCAGAGAGACAGGCUGAUGGAGAUGGGGGAUUGGGCUCAGGACGGCCAGAUAGAGGAACGGGCAAAGAUUCUAACUCUGCACGAGAAAGCCUUCAGUGUAUGA